AUAGUAUAUAUACGCAAUAUGAAUAUAAGUAAUGUAAAAGGAAAGGCUUGGUAGAAAAUGAGAGAUAGAAUGGAGAGACUUGUGGUGCUUCCUUUCUCCGUCGGAUGUUUCUCCGACUCAAGCGUCGACGUUUUAUCUCCUCUCUCUAAGCAUCAUCAUCAUCACUACCAUUCUCCUCAAGGGAUUCGUGACCAAGAGGAGGAAGAAAACAUGAAGAAUGUAUUCAAGUUCCUAGCGGUAUCUAAACCGGAGAUAUCUACGGGUAUUAACCGGCUUUUCAAGAGCUUCAAGACCAUUUCUCAACUCUUUGCUUACAAAGAAGAAGAAGAGAGUGAAGAAGGAGAGACAUCAGGACUAAUGGAGAUAGGAGCACCGACAAACGUAAAACAUGUAUCGCACAUUGGUUGGGAAAGCAGUAGAGAAUGGAAAGAUCUCAUACCGCCGGAGUUGCUCGCAGCCGCCGCUGCAAAAGAAGACGCCGCCGCCGGAGUUGCUCAUCUUCAACCAACUUUAUAAUUCACUUCCUCUAUUUAAAUUUAUUUUAUGUUUUGUACACGAAUCUAGACAUACUUUGAUACAUAUGGCCAAUAUGGGGGAUAUCUGAUCUAUAAAUAUAAUGUAUGAUAUGCCGUAUAUAUAUUGGAGUGUAUAGUGGUUAUAUAUAAUAUCUAAAUGUGUUUGUAUGUAAAUAGUAAGAAAUGAAUAUGAUAUAUAUGCGCAAACUGUUAUAAAAUAAUUUUAAUGUUUUAGAAUA